UCUCUCUGCUCUCCUCCGAGGAGCAGAGCUUGGUGCUAGAGCUGAGCGAUGGAGCAUCUGCUCAGCCUGGUCCCUGCUGCCUGGUUUUGAGCAACAGGCCCUGCUCAGACCCUUGCCCACAGCCCAUUUCCCUGGUGUAAAUCCCCAUCAAUGAGGUUCUUUCGUCUCACCUUCAAGUGCUUUGUGGAUUGCUUCUGAGCCUCCAUCCUGAUCCCUUCCCAGACCCGGAGACAGCUUCCCAACCCAACACCCGUCUCAAGUCUUCUGCCACGGAGCCCUGCUGCAAGCCCAGUGCCAUGGCUCCAGUCCCCACAGAAACAUGUUCAGAGGGCUUUUGAAAGAAAAAAUAAGCUUGAAGGAGGAACAGCAGACUUCCAGCUCUCCAUUGAAUUCAACUAGAUAGAUCACAAAGCACCACAGGCUGUAACAGAGUCCGAAGCAUCCCCUUGUCUGACUCAGUGUGCAAGUCCAUUGUGAGCAUGAGGGCAAUGGGUGCUCGGAGGUGGCAGAGACUGAGAGUGCCGAGCCAAUCGGUGGUACAGGAGAGUCCACCCUUGAGGAAAGGACCAUCACUGUCCCUCUGGUGGUACCUGUGGGCCCCACCACAAAGCUACCCUUUCCUGAGCGGGAGACCUGGACCCGACAGAUGGAUUUCAUCAUGUCUUGUGUUGGCUUUGCUGUAGGACUGGGCAACGUCUGGCGUUUUCCAUACCUCUGCUACAAGAACGGAGGAGGUGUCUUCCUGAUUCCUUACCUGCUAAUUGUCUUUGUUGGGGGAAUCCCCGUCUUCUUCCUGGAAGUGGCCUUGGGGCAGUUUAUGAAGCAAGGUGGGAUUGCUGCCUGGAACAUCGUUCCCCUCUUCAAAGGUCUGGGCCUGGCCUCCAUGGUCAUCGUCUUCUUCUGCAACACCUACUACAUCAUGAUCCUUGUCUGGGGUCUCUUCUACCUGGUGCACUCACUGACAGAGACCUUGCCUUGGGCCACCUGCGGCCACUCCUGGAAUACUGCCCAGUGCACAGAACUCUUUGGCCUGGGCGGCUGCGGGAACAACACCGAAAAUGGCACAGUGGGAAACUGCACCACCCUGGCAGACAACAAGCGUUCUCCCAUCAUUGAAUUCUGGGAGAACAAGGUGCUGCGCAUCUCAGGAGAUCUGUCUGAGCCAGGAGAGCUCAGUUGGCAACUGAUCCUUUGCCUUCUCACAACUUGGGUUAUUGUCUAUUUCUGCAUCUGGAAAGGAGUCAAGUCAACUGGAAAGGUGGUGUAUUUCACUGCACUCUUCCCCUAUGUGGUUUUGAUCUUGCUGCUCUUACAUGGGGUGACAUUGCCUGGAGCACUUGAUGGCAUUGUCUACUACCUGAAGCCUGACUGGUCCAAGCUUGCUGUGGCUCAGGUAUGGAUUGAUGCUGGUACCCAGAUCUUCUUCUCAUAUGCUAUCGGGCUGGGAGCGCUGACCGCACUUGGCAGCUACAACCGCUUCCACAACAACUGCUACAGGGAUGCCUACAUCUUGGCUGUGAUCAACAGUUCAACCAGUUUCUUUGCUGGCUUUGUGGUGUUUUCGGUGUUGGGCUUCAUGGCAUCAGAGCAGGGGGUGGACAUCUCCCAGGUUGCAGAGUCAGGUCCCGGCCUGGCCUUCAUUGCUUACCCCAAAGCUGUGACACUGAUGCCACUCUCUCCACUCUGGGCUAUUCUGUUUUUCUUCAUGCUUCUUGUCCUGGGGCUGGACAGCCAGUUUGUGGGAGUGGAGGGCUUCAUCACUGGUAUCCUAGACAUGUUCCCACAGCCAGCAGCAGGCUCACCACGCAGGGAGAUCACAGCCGCAAUCUGCUGCCUGGUUUGCUGCAUCCUCGACCUUUCCAUGGUGACUCAGGGAGGCAUGUACGUCUUUCAGCUCUUUGACAAUUAUUCAGCCAGUGGAAUCACACUUCUGUGGCAGGCCUUCUGGGAGUGUGUGGUGAUCGCCUGGGUCUAUGGAGCUGAUCGCUUCAUGGAUGAUGUUGCCCACAUGAUUGGCUACCGUCCUCUGCCCUACAUGAAGUGGUGCUGGUCGCUUAUUACACCGCUGGUGUGUGUGGGCAUCUUCCUGUUUCAUGUGGUGAACUACCAGCCCUUGACUUACAACAAGACCUAUGUCUACCCAUGGUGGGGUGAGGUGAUUGGCUGGGCUCUGGCUCUUGCCUCCAUGCUUUGCAUCCCCUGCACUGUUGUUUACAAGCUUCUGAGAAGCAAAGGUUCUUUACAACAGCGCUGGCAGUUGCUGACCACCCCUGUCUGGGGCCACCACCACCUGGAAUACAUGACACCUGAAGCAGAGACAAAGCUGCUGCCCCCACCAGAUGGUCUUGCUGCAGUUCCUCCAGAAAAGGCGACCCUCUUUGAGACUGUGAUUUAAUGUCUUGUACCCUCUCCCUGUAGCAGUAACACCAGCAACAAAGUCUAUGAGCUGAGGAGAGGAGGGGAUGGGUAUUGGACUUGCAGCUCACCCUUGGGUUUGGCUGUGAGGUCACCUUCUGUACCUUAGGAAGAGAUUAUCUUCAGUGAGGUAUCUGUGACUCAUGAGAAGAGCCCUAAGUCAGUUUCCAUGGAUCUAAUAUUGUUAAGUUAGAGGUGUUAAUAGCAGCAGCGGGGAAGAAACACACGCACAUAAUCCCCACAUUUUUCUGGAACGGCCUUCUCUCAGCUAGAGGUAUCCAGAUAUGUGUGGGACUGCAAAUCCCAUGUUACCACUAUGGAGGCUACCAGCUGAGAGAAGAAAGCUGUAGACAAAGAUCAAACCUCUCCCUUCCAUGAUCACCUCAUCUAGUUAUUAACAGUAUUAGGACUCUAGCUUCAGGCCGAGGGCAUUCAUUCCCUCAUUCCAGAAAAGGCUGGGCCCGCUAGCAAAAAAAAAAGAGGGUACAGAGCUCCUGCCAGGGUCUCCGUGGAUAUUAUUCCCCACGGAGGCAAUACCCUGGUAGCUCUGUCCUCCCACACCCAGCCGGUGCUGCUUCCAAAACUUGCUGGAUUCUGGAUUCUGUGUGGAGCUGGUGUUGCUUUGUUUUGUUCUUUUUCAUUUUGGUUCCAUGGUUAUCCUUCCAGUCUGCUAUUUUUUAGCCCAGUUUCCAAUAUGACCUUAACUGGUUUAGGCAGACUAACAGCAUCCUGCUAUUCAGGUCCCCAUUUCUCAUUCCUGUCUCUCUCUCUCCCUCGGGGGGAAAAACAACCACCCCCAUUCUAUUUCCAGCAUUCUAUGGCUUACAUCCUUCCUUCCCACUCCCAUAAUCACAUUCCUUCCACAGUUUUAAUGAUAGCUGCACUUAACCAUCUUGAUCAUGUAGCAAUUUCUUGUGUGUGUGUGUUUACCAUCUUGGGCAUCAUUUCUUGCCUCUGCCACUUUAAAUGUGCUCAUCAUCCUCUGCUGCAUUCCUUCUUUCCUGGGAAAAGAUUUCUGCCAUCCUGCUCCAUUUUUGGGUUUAUCAAUGGCUUCCCUGGGAGCCCAGGAAUGAUGCUCCUAAAUCUUCCUGUUGCUGGCAGGGGAAAGGGAGCCACACCAAAAGGAUAAAACCUAGGCCUCUUAUAGGUCCUGUCAAGAAUUCUGAAUCCAUUCUGCAGAAAUAGUCCAUUUUGGCAUUGCUUUAACUGUCAUGGGUCAAUGCUGUGGAAUUCUGGGGAUUGUAGUUUGUUGUGGCACGAGAGCUCUCUGACUGAGAAUGCUAUAUGUCUCACAAAACUACAAAUCCCAGAAUUCUAUAGCGUUGAGACAUGGCAGUUAAAAUGGUGUCAACCUGAAUUAUUUCUGCAAUGCAGAUGCAGCUCCUGGUUGUGAUAUCAGGGCACUUGGGGUGGCGAUGUCUUUUCUUGCACAUCCUGCUUCUCGUUUCACAAACAAGCCAAGAGGAAGCUCUUUGAGACACGCACAGCCAUUAUUAACACAGCUGAUAUUUUUCUUUUUGAUUGGACUUCUGCCUAACAGAGACCAAUGGCAGCUGUUGGUUCCAUGUCUUUGCAGUGCUGAGUCCACUUAAAGUUUGAGCUAGCUUUAAAAGAGCUGUCCAAGGUGCUGAACCUAUUUAGAAUUAUUAGGGUUCAAAAUCUCGGGAAGCUCUUCUAAAGACUGGAGUGGAUCCAUUGCUCCACUGACCUGGCAGUCGCCAUCUGCCACUGAGGGAGACAUUCAACAGAUGUAGCUUUUUCACACAGGGAGGUACCACACUGGGACCCGCCAUAAUGAGGAAUCCCAGAGGAGUUGCCAGGUUAGUGUGUUGCAGCAAAGCAACAGUAACAAAUCUGGUGGAGAUUUUUUUUGUGGCCAUUGGGAAAAGCAGAUCAUCACAGUAAAGGUACAACUACUAGAUUCCUAGUUGUCUAGGAUGAGCGGGGGAAAUUACAUUUCUUGAUUUUUUUUCUCUAUCAGUAAUGAUGUUCUGAUGGCCCCACUCCAUCCCCCAUGCACUAUACCUCCCAACAGUGCUGCUUCAUCCCUCCAAAGUAUGCAUUUUGUAAUAUAUGAGUGUUUGUGCCAAAUUGGGCUGAGCCCAUCUUCCACUAUUCACCAAGUUGUAAUCACUCCCCUCCCCUCCAGCUUACUUCUCUACUCCUUGUUUUUGCCGUUACAUACCAAUGUACUACAAAUCCAACCUCUGACAAUAAAAAUGGGAGAGAUUCUGUCUA